CAUGUUUCCUGUUGCAGGUGGGAUAAGACCCCCUCAAGCAGGCCUGAUGCCGAUGCAGCAACAAGGAUUUCCUAUGGUCUCUGUCAUGCAGCCUAAUAUGCAAGGCAUUAUGGGAAUGAAUUACAGCUCUCAGAUGUCCCAAGGACCUAUUGCUAUGCAGGCAGGAAUACCAAUGGGACCAAUGCCAGCAGCGGGAAUGCCUUACCUAGGACAAGCACCCUUCCUGGGCAUGCGUCCUCCAGGCCCACAGUACACUCCAGACAUGCAGAAGCAGUUUGCCGAAGAGCAGCAGAAACGAUUUGAACAGCAGCAAAAACUCUUAGAAGAAGAAAGAAAAAGACGCCAGUUUGAAGAGCAGAAGCAAAAGCUCAGACUUUUGAGCAGUGUGAAACCCAAGACAGGAGAGAAGAGUAGAGAUGAUGCUUUGGAAGCCAUAAAAGGAAAUUUAGAUGGGUUUUCCAGAGAUGCAAAAAUGCACCCUACUCCAGCAUCGCACCCCAAGAAACCAGAUUGCCCCACAUCAUCUCAUUCUACUAAAACUGUCUCCCCAUCACCUGCCUUUCUUGAUGAAGAAGAAUUCAGUGACUUUAUGCAGGGACCUGUUGAAGUUCCCCCAUGUGGGCCUUCUUCCACGUCCCAGCCCUUUCAGUCUUUCCUCCCCUCCACCCCACUUGUCCAGUUGCAUACACAGAAGGCUGGGACACAGCCUCUCCCUCCAGGUCAGAGUCCAGUGUCUUUUGCCUUACAUGGUGUCCCUGGGCAAAUUCCUUACUUCUCUACUGCUUCAGCCUCACACAGUGUACCAAAAGCAGGCCCUUCCUUGGAGGAGAAGUUCCUAGUAUCUUGUGAUAUAAGUACAUCUGGGCAGGAACAAAUUAAAUUAAAUACUUCUGAAGUUGGCCACAAAGCCCUAGGCCCAGGUUCCAGUAAGAGCCAUCCCAGUGUAACGGCCAGUAACGGGGGUGCUGUAGAUGGAUGUGUAAGUGGUACCACCACUGCAGAGGCAGAAAAGACUUCAGAUCAAAACCUGUCAAUUGAAGAGAGUGGUGUGGGAGUAUUUCCCUCUCAGGAUCCUGCUCAGCCCAGAAUGCCUCCUUGGAUUUACAAUGAGAAUUUGGUUCCAGAUGCCUAUAAGAAAAUCUUAGAAACCACAAUGACUCCAACUGGAAUAGAUACUGCCAAACUGUAUCCCAUUCUGAUGUCAUCUGGGCUUCCCAGGGAAACUCUUGGACAGAUAUGGGCCUUAGCUAAUCGAACUACACCUGGCAAACUUACAAAAGAAGAACUUUAUACUGUUCUAGCCAUGAUAGCGGUAACACAGAGGGGCGUUCCUGCAAUGAGUCCUGAUGCUUUAAACCAGUUCCCAGCAGCUCCUAUUCCAACUUUAAGUGGUUUUUCUAUGACUCUGCCUGCGCCGGUGAGUCAGCCAACCGUGAUACCUUCAGGCCCUGCGGGCUCCAUGCCCCUCAGCCUUGGACAGCCAGUCAUGGGUAUUAACCUUGUUGGACCAGUGGGUGGAGCUGCAGCCCAGGCUUCUAGUGGUUUCAUACCAACCUUCCCUGCAAAUCAGGUAGUAAAGCCAGAAGAAGACGACUUCCAGGAUUUUCAAGAUGCUUCUAAGUCAGGAUCCCUUGAUGACUCUUUCAGUGAUUUCCAAGAGUUGCCUGCUUCUUCAAAAGCAAGUAACUCCCAGCAUGGAAACAGUGCCCCUUCUUUGUUGAUGCCACUUCCCGGAACUAAAGCAUUGCCUUCAAUGGACAAAUAUGCUGUGUUUAAAGGAAUUGCAGCUGACAAGUCCUCUGAAAAUACUGUUCCACCUGGAGAUCCUGGUGAUAAAUAUAGUGCUUUCAGAGAACUCGAACAGACAGCAGAGAAUAAACCUUUAGGAGAAAGCUUUGCAGAAUUCAGAUCUGCAGGAACUGAUGAUGGUUUCACCGAUUUUAAAACAGCCGAUAGUGUAUCACCACUAGAGCCACCGACAAAAGACAAAACUUUUCCACCAUCCUUCCCCUCAGGAACUAUACAACAGAAACAACAAACACAAGUGAAAAAUCCUCUGAACUUAGCAGACCUAGAUAUGUUUUCCUCAGUUAAUUGUAGCAGCGAGAAACCAUUGUCUUUUUCAGCUGCAUUUAGCACAUCAAAAUCAGUUUCCACACCACAGUCAACAGGUUCUGCUGCUGCUACGACAGCAUUGGCAUCAACGAAAACUUCUAGUUUGGCUGAUGAGUUUGGAGAAUUCAACCUUUUUGGGGAAUAUUCUGGUCUACCACCUGUUGGGGAGCAGGAUGACUUUGCAGAUUUUAUGGCUUUCAGUAAUAGCUCUAUUUCAUCUGAGCAAAAGCCGGAUGACAAAUAUGAUGCCCUUAAAGAGGAAGCCAGUCCUGUUCCUCUAACCAGCAACAUGGGCAGCACAGUGAAGGGUGGACAAAACCUAACUGCUGUGUCUACCAAGUAUGAUGUCUUCAGACAACUUUCUCUGGAAGGAUCUGGACUAGGUGUUGAAGACCUAAAAGAUAACACUCCUUCAGGAAAAAGUGAUGAUGAUUUUGCUGACUUCCACUCCAGUAAAUUUUCUUCCAUAAACUCGGACAAAUCCCUGGGAGAGAAAGCAGUGGCUUUCAGACACACCAAAGAAGACUCUGCAUCAGUGAAGUCCUUGGAUCUCCCUUCCAUUGGUGGCAGCAGUGUCGGCAAGGAGGACUCUGAAGAUGCACUCUCUGUUCAGUUUGACAUGAAAUUGGCUGAUGUGGGAGGAGAUCUUAAGCAUGUCAUGUCUGAUAGCUCUUUGGAUUUACCAACAGUUAGUGGCCAGCAUCCUCCUGCUGCAGCAGGAAGUGGAUCCCCCUCAGCCACCUCAAUUCUUCAAAAGAAAGAGACUUCAUUUGGCAGUUCUGAAAACAUCACCAUGACAUCUCUCUCCAAAGUAACAACCUUUGCAAGUGAAGAUGCUCUUCCAGGGACCACCUUCCCAGCGUUUGCCAGUUUUAAAGACAUGAUUCCUCAGACCAGUGAGCAAAAGGAAUAUGAAAGCAGAGACUAUAAAGAUUUCACAAGACAGGACCUGCCUACAGCUGAACGGAGCCCAGAGGCCACUUGUCCCAGCCCAGCGUCCAGUGGUGCCUCUCAAGAAACCCCCAACGAAUGUUCAGAUGACUUUGGAGAGUUUCAAAGUGAAAAGCCCAAAAUCAGCAAAUUUGACUUCUUAGUAGCCACUUCACAAAGCAAAAUGAAAUCCAGUGAAGAAAUGAUCAAAAGUGAGCUGGCAACCUUUGACCUUUCUGUUCAAGGAUCACACAAGAGGAGUUUGAGCCUCGGUGAUAAAGAAAUAAGCCGCUCUUCCCCUUCUCCGGCUUUGGAGCAGCCUUUCAGAGACCGUUCCAAUACUCUGAAUGAGAAGCCCGCGCUGCCCGUCAUCCGAGACAAGUACAAAGACCUGACGGGAGAGGUGGAGGAAAAUGAGAGAUAUGCAUAUGAAUGGCAGAGAUGCCUGGGGAGUGCCCUGAAUGUCAUUAAGAAGGCAAAUGAUACCUUAAAUGGAAUCAGUAGUAGUUCUGUUUGCACAGAAGUAAUUCAGUCAGCUCAAGGCAUGGAAUAUUUAUUAGGUGUUGUUGAAGUGUACAGGGUAACCAAGCGUGUGGAGCUGGGGAUCAAAGCCACUGCAGUGUGCAGUGAGAAACUCCAGCAGUUGCUGAAGGACAUCGAUAAAGUAUGGAAUAACCUAAUCGGCUUCAUGUCACUCGCCACACUCACACCAGAUGAAAACUCGCUGGAUUUUUCCUCCUGUAUGCUACGGCCUGGGAUUAAAAAUGCUCAGGAACUUGCCUGUGGAGUGUGCCUCUUGAACGUGGACUCGAGGAGCCGGAAAGAAGAGAAGCCUGCAGAAGAACAUCCUAAAAAAGCAUUCAACUCAGAAACAGACAGUUUCAAGCUGGCCUACGGAGGGCACCAGUAUCACGCCAGCUGUGCCAACUUCUGGAUCAACUGUGUCGAACCAAAGCCUCCUGGCCUUGUCCUGCCUGACCUGCUCUGAACAACUCCUCUGUGAAGCACUGACUCUUUUUUUUUCUGUGACACCCCACGGGGUGACAGGGACCAAUCAGUAGAAUGCGAGUGCUGCACAGUUCACUUCCCUGAAUUGAUAUGAAGAACACCGCAAGUGACGGGGCCCCCGUCACCCCCACGGCCAGUCUGCGGGGCUUCAGGUAAAAUCGUCCCACUCAAGCGGCACGUGGCGCCAGAAGCUUGCUCACUUCUCUCUACUUUUCUUAAGGUUUUCUAAAAUACAGACCACAGCUUUCUGGAUCUAAGGAAGAACUUGCUGCUGCAGUAUUGAAACUGUGAAGAACUGACAUUUUUGAAGAAAAAUAAACUACUGUUGCGGGACUAGAAUGGGCAGCUGCUUGGAGCCAGUGCUUGUUUUUACCCAGAACACUUACUGUCCUGUGAAGUAGAGUGCAUUUAUUUGCAUUUAGUUUGUUAAUGUCUGAAAUGAAUAAAAAGAGGAAAUUACGAUUAAACUGAUGUUCUGCUUUUUAUGGAGAAGAUUCUGCCCGUCUGCCCUGGACAGUAGCAGGCAGGUGAGGGCAGAUUUUACCCACUUGGCUGUCACAACUGAACCAGUUCUCUACUCCUUCCCUUCAUUGCUGUCAACGCUCAAGACUUUUUCCCAAAACAUGCCUGCAGUCCUGAAGAAUGCUCAUUUUCACACAGGCCCAGAUCCUGUGUAUCAGGAGAAUAUCCUUCCCUGCAGGAGCCUGCACUGCAAACCUGUUUUGCCGCAUGCAAAGACUGUGACCGUGGAGUUUUCUCAGACAAGAUUUGUAAAGGCAGUGGAAUGAAAUCUCUUGGCAGUGGCCGCUCUCCACAUUUCCAAAGAUGACUACAUAGGGACCAACACUGCCUGACUUCGCAGUAUCUGUGAGAAAAACCUGAAAAUUAAUUCAGGGUGAAAAUGUGGAGUUCUUGGCCUAGUGUAAAGUAUCAAGAUGUAUAUUUAUGGGAUAGAUACAUGACUUAGAAGAAAAUUGUCCAGAAAUAGUACUGAGUUUUAGAUGGAAAAGACUCGUGCUUCCUGGAGUAGGGAAUUUUCUUUGCCAUUUAAUCUGAAUGCAUAAAAUUAGGGG